UUAAAUUGUUCUAAAUAUAGAAAGGUGUAAGUUUUUUUGGGACAGAUUAAAAACGAAAAAAAAGACAAUCUUUUUUAGACGGAGGGAGUAUGCUUUACGACAAAGUUGAGUAUGUUGGGUAGGGAUGAGAAUAAUUAAAUAAAAAAUAAAAAAUUUUGUUCAAUAGGAAUAUUACACGUAAUAAUUAAUAAUUAAAAAAUUAUACCUGAGCGUAAAACAGAUCUGAGCCUCAAUUAUCACUUUAAAAAGAAAAACAAAAAAAUAAUCAAAAAUAAAUAAAAAAAUGUCUGUUAGUUUUAAGGGCAAAUUAAGCCAAAAAGGUUGAGCGGAUGGAUAUUUUUAACGACAAAGGAUAUAUUUACACGAUAUGUUUGAGCCUUUACCGUUAAUUCUUUUCCAUUUCCUUUUUCUUUCCCUUCGCUAUUUCUACGCUGCCGAGAGUGUGAAGAAUGGAAUUCUAUUUCCAAAAAAACGCAGAGAAUCUUGAACCUUUUGAGCUUCUUGAUUCACUGGCAAGUGUAACUUUUGACUUACUUAAUGCGCGUUCAAUGUGGAGAAGCUUUUCCUACUUACCAUGAAACUAAAACACAAAUUAAACAGAAGUAAAAAUGUAACAGCCUCCUACUUACUAUUAUUUAUGCUGAGAGCAAUUGGCAGUUGAGUGGGAAGUGGAAUUCAAAUGGGGCAUCUUCAACUUCAAGAAAGUGGUGAAUUUCACAAACCUUCAAAUGUAAGUGACUUAAUGCCUUGUGAACUAGUCUGCAAGUCACAAAAGUCUUUCAAUGUUGAUAGUCACUGGGUAUUUUGGAGCAGCAGACCCAACGCGGAAUUGAACUACCAACGCAUGAUUUUCCCUAUGAUAGCUGAUUGUCCUGUUGUUCCCAGCUGCAAAGGGUUUGUCAAAGAGAGGAUAAAAUCUAUUCUUGAGAAAAUUUUGAGUAAAAAUGUUUGUUUAUUACAAUUAUGGGCGCCCAUUAAGGUCAAUGGAUGGUCGUACCUAUCCACUGCAGAUCAACCAUUUGCUUUAUGUGAUAAACUUGAUAAGGGACUUUGUUCAUAUAGGAGGCUCCGUCUUGAUACUUUGAUUCCUAUUGACAUUAACAAUGUUGAAGUUGAAGGUCUCCUUGGUCCCAUUGGACGAGAGUUCAGAAGUGGGUUGCUGGAAUUUAGCCCCGAUGUGCGGAGUUACUCUGCUGGAGAGUUUCCACUGCUUGAAGCUGCAAUUCGGUUGGGCAUCCGUCGUUAUUGGGCAUGGCCACUAUUUAAGCCUCUUGAUCAGCAUUGCCUUGGUGUUCUUGAGAUUGCAUUUACAGACCCAACAUCUUAUUCUGCGAGGUUUCUUAAGGAGAUGGAUAUGAGAUGCUCCGAGAUAAAUGGCCUUUUUUACCCGAAGGACACAGAUUCACAACCUUCUGAGCAGUGGGAUAAUGUUCUUGGUGCACCUGACCAAAUAGAGGCAGGGUUACAUGUUGUCUGUAAAAUACACAAUAUACCCUUUGCUCAAAUUUGGAUUCCUCGUUCUCAAUCUUGCUCCAUAAAUGCCCAGAUUGCUACUGGCAGAAGAAGUUUUGACAGUUCGAGUUCAAUAUAUGAUGAAUUUGCAGAUGCUUCUGAUUUCUGUUAUAUUCAGAGGGGUAAGGCAUUGGUGGGGAGGGCAUUUUCAACCCAAGGUUCAUGCUUUUGCAAAGAUGUUACUCUAUUAAGCUUGACAGAGUACCCUUUGGUGCCUAGUGCACGAAAAGCUAGAUUGACUCAGAGUUUUGCAAUCUGUUUGCAAAGUAAAAGCGCCAACAAUAUUAUUUAUGUAGUUGAGUUCUUUCUGCCACCCAACGAAAUAGUUGUUAGUGAUACAAUGACUUUGUUAAACAUGCUUUUGUCUACCAUGAAAGAACAACUUCCAGGUGUCAUAGUUGCUUCUGGACAAGAACUAGGGUAGAGGAUGCGAGUUGAAGUUGUUAAAGUUUCCCCAUGCGAUGAAUUUGAUUCCUUUGAAAUAGGCCAACCUCUGCUGAAUGUUCCAUCAAUUCAGGAUGAAGGAGGAACAACAAAUACUGAAUCUUCGCGUCAACAAUCAAAUUCACAAAAUGGGGAGAACGACGUCACUACUACAGUACUUGUUCCAUCCUGUUCUUCACAUAGGCAUGACUCAUUUAACAAUGAAGGGUCAGUACAAGGUGAUGUAUUACUUAAGCAUCCAACAGAGGCUGUUGUGACAAACAGAAGAAGGGUUGAUAUGGAUGUAGCACAUGACCCUAUUAAAAUUUUAGAGGAUGCAAGUGAAAUGAUGCAACUUGAUUCACACUCUGAGCAACCAAAUUUAGAAAUUGAUUAUGCAGGCAAUGCAAGGAGUAAUGAGAAAGUGGAGCAUAGAGCUAGAUGUGUAAGACAAUUGAUUGAAGCUGAAGCUAUAAACAGAGAGAGUUCGUCAGUGGAGCAACGACUAACAACGAGAAAAUCCAUUCAAAGAAGAACAACGCAAUACGGAGGAUAGAAAAAGAUCAUGGGAUUACUCGCAAGAUUCUGGAGCAGCAUUUUGGCAUGACUCUUGAAGAUGCUGCCAAAAACCUAUGUGGUAAGGUCACUAACUUUAGCGCAUUUGAGUUAGUCGAGCAACACUGAAACGAAUAUGUAGAGGAUAUAACAUCUCUAGAUGGCCACAUCACAAGACUAGAAAGGUUAAUUACCAUGUUAUCCAAGGCGUAUCUUUUCAUGGUGCUGAACCAAAUCUGGGGGAUCAACAAUGUCCUGCUCUUUCCCAAGAAAAAGGCACAGAUUAUUUGGGUCACAAAAGACCUCCUGCCACAGGAAAACCUUGUGAUAGUUCGAUGACUGUAAAGGUUACCUAUAGAGCUGAUAUCAUAAAAUUCAAGCUUACCCCUUCAUCAACCAAGGUAGAACUGGAGGGGGAAGUGGAAAAGAGGCUUAACAUAUCACUUCAAAGAUUUUCAAUCAAGUAUCAAGAUGAAGAAGACGAUUGGAUUUUGAUAACUAGUGAUUCGGAUUUGAGGGAUGGUAUGCAUUCACAAAGAUUGUUAGGAAGGACUACCAUGAAAUUACUGGUUACCCCAGAAGCGGACACAUGAAGGAUUUUCCGUAAGUUUUGUUAUGGUUCAUCUUCGUUGCAGAACGUUAGUGAUGUUAUCUUUUGGUGACACGGUGUUUUUCUCUUCCCUGUGGUAUUGUGACGUAUCUUUUGUGCUUAUUGAACUGAGUUGAUUAAAGCCAUUAUGUAUAAACACUUUUUAUAAUCAGGCGACUCUUAUUUGUUUAGCUUGUAUAGAGAGAUAGAAUCACUGGAGUUCUGAUUUAUCUAUCGAAUUGCAUUAUCUGUAUGGUAGAGACCGAAUCUUCAGAUUCUCUGAGUUCUGAAUAUCAAAUUGAUGAACUUAUUUGGCCAUUUUGAUUCA